AACCACGACUGGCCGAUAGCCAAGUCACGCCUCCCUCCGACUAGAUCUUGGGAUCAUUUCAUGUGCGGUGAGCAAGCAAGAGUAUGACGGUGUGCAUAUAUGCGUCCAUCCCACUACAUAUGAUCUGAUUUAGAUGGGCGCAGCCCAUCGGCAGGAUGGAAACUAAGAACUCAUUCAGUACCGUAGCCUAUACAACUCCAGUCGUCCAUGGACCUCGAACCAUCAAUGAGCUACCGUCCGAUGUGCUAGGCAUCAUCCUCGGAGAAGUCUUUCACGCCAUCCGGCAGCCAUACAUUGAACGGGAAGCAGCCGCUCCGGAUCUCACUCAACUGUCCUCUUGGCCCACCUGGGCAGACAGAACUCAAGAAUAUCCCUUCGCAGAGUCCCUCGCUAGUGUCUGCACGCUCUGGCGCGAUAUCAUGUCGAACGUUUCCUGCUUUUGGACUCCGCUUGUGAUCUGGCUCGGCAGAGAUCCUACGCCUCUCUCAACGAUCUGUCAGUAUCUCUCUUGGUCGCGGCACCAACUCCUCGAGAUCUACGUCUUGCGCAGGUACGACCCGUUGGUGGAAGAUCGCACAGAGAUGGUUCAGAUAACGACCAUUCUCGAGGUGCUCCUACCACAUGUGAAGCGGUGGAAGGUCCUGUGCAUGAAACUCCUCCACUCAAGCUCGCUUCCUCGUCCACGCGUCGAUCUUGUAGGCCACGCGGAGAACCUGGUCCGACUGAACCUCGACUUCAUCAUCGACGACGCCGUCGGGCACGCCGCGACGACCAUAUACGCAGUGGAAGGUUUCAGAACUCCCAUGCUGCAGGAGCUCUGAUGUACGGCCACCACUUCUUCGAGUCUUACAUGCGGCACUUUCCCAGCUUAGGCAUGAUGCCGCCUAAACUCGCCCGCCUUGCCUUGGCGAACUACGCACAAAGCACGAGUUCUUCCUCUUGCUCGACCUCCUAAGAUGCC